CAUAAUCCUUUGACAUUGAUGGGGGUGGAGGAGGGCUAGUGUCAGUGUUACAAAACGUGAUAUUUUUUUAAACAACAUAAUUCCCGCUUCUUAAUUACAAUAGGUUCUUCAUUGCUGUAACUUUUGCCGGGGUCAUGUAUUGGCGACCGUUGCAGUAUGUCGUGAGGAACGUAAUAACUGCGUCAGCAUCCAGAAUGUUGUGACACUGCUACUGCGUUAGAGCAAGAAAGCUGUCUUGUAAGAACUUUUAUUGCUUGCCGGUUGGUAGGUGCAUCCUCACCAUCUCCCAUCCAAACACAAUUCCGGACAAUUCACAGGACUUUACAACGCUUUAAUGUGAAAGAAACCCACCAGGCGGCCACGGAAGAGGAGGUGGGCGCCUUUACUAAGCUCAUCGAGGCCAUGGGUUUCACAGGAACUCUCAAAUACAACAAAUGGAAAAUCAAGAUUGCUGCCCUGCGAAUGUACACAUGUUGUGUAGAGAGAAUCAACUAUGAUGAAUUCUUUGAAAAAUGCUCCCUGCCUGAUACGCUCAACUCCUGGUUCCUGGUUGCACAGCUCCAUGUCUGGAUGUGUCUGGUGCGGAUGAAACAAGAAGGCCGUGAGGGAAAGUACAUGUGCCGCUACAUCGUCCACUCAAUGUGGGAGGACGUGGAGCAGAGGAGCAAGAUCAUGGGGAUCGAUGCCAUUCACCGCAAGGAAAGCAUGAGGGCUAUGACAGAGAAUUUCUAUGCUGCUAUUUUUGGGUAUGAUGAGGGAAUCCUGUCGGAAGACAGAGUGCUGGCAGCCGCCUUGUGGAGGAACAUGUUCAACCGCCAGUGCGAGGACCCCAGGCAGGUGGAGCUCAUGGUGGAGUAUGUCCGCAAACAGAUGCAGUUCAUUGACACUUUGGACGGUGCGGACCUGCUGCUGACAGGGGAGGUGAAGUGGCGCCCCCUCAUGGAGGAGAAUGCUCAGAGCAUCCUGAAGGUGGCUACCCCUACCUACAACGAUACUGGGCUCUGAGGUGCCCCCCCCCACCCACCGGCCUUCUUCACCUAUUCUAAACACUCCUGUGUACGAGCAGCAUUGUACUGUAGGCAGGCUAGCCAAUAUGGGACAAUCCCAAACAACACGACACAUCCUUUUCUCUGUCUCUCUGUCCCCCAACACAUCAUCCCGAACCAGUGUACCAUCAGCCAGGAAGGAAAACCAUCCACUGUUAUGUUUUGAGAAUAAGAUGAUCUGUUCGGGAUGUUUAAAAUAAUGUUAAUGAUUUUUGUAUUUGUCUUUUCUGAUGCCAUAAUAUUUAAAAGCGUACUUUGUAGCUUUUAAUUCUGAACUGCAUCACUGUCUAAGUUUGUCUGGUGCAGCAGUUCUGCUGAUGCUCUCAGCGAGUUUCCCCAUGGGUCAUCACUCUGUGUUACAAUGGGGCUUUGUUUGUAACUGAAAUAAAAUUUUCUCUCAAAGGUCUCAAAGGAUUAAUUCUCCUUUACCAGGAAACUGAGUUUCCAAAAUCUGCAGUGGUAAACUGCAUCUUAGUGCAAGAGUUAGAAUUUCCUCGUUGCAAUAUACAAAUAAUUCCCAAAGGGCCUUAUUUGUGUGCUUCUAAUUGGCACAUUUCAGGGUCGGUGGGGUCAGUAGGGUUGGUGGGGACAAUGGUUGCCUUGCACUGUCAAUUAAAGUUGGUAGCGGACAAGGGUUGCCCAGUUGAUACGGUGCAUUUAAACCAAUCCACUCAGGUCUUUCCCAGUGACUUCACCAGGGCAACGGUGGUAAUGGGUUUCCCUUGACUGGCAGAUCUCUGGGUUCACAAGUGGAUCUAGAAGACAAUCCCCAACAUAAUGCACUUGUUAAAUUCUGAAAGAAUAUGUAAUACUGUUCAGGAGAUGGUUUGUUACGUAUUGAAUAGGAAGUGUUUGACCAUAUGUUCAGUUGACUAUUUGCAUCUGUGGGACAGGGAGCUUUGUCCUUUAAUUUCCUGUUUGUUUUUUCAGACUGGUUUCCACAGCAGGGGGCGCCCGUCUUCUCACCAUUAGGUGAAAUUACGCAAUCCAGACAGUCCUUCCCUUAGUCUAACAAUCACAUGGUAGAUGUGUGGUACAAUACAUUUCCUUUGGCAGUUGAAAGACUACUACUAUGUUCAUUAUUUGUAAUGUAUUUCCAAGCACUGACUUUUGCCAGUAACUAAUAAAGCAGAGUACUUAUUACUA